AUGCCACCAAUGACGCCGAUUGCAAAAAGUCAACGAGAUGGCAGCUUGAAGUCUCUGAGUUUGCAACAAUACCAGCAACAACAUCAACAACGACAACGACAUCAGCCGGAAGAUAACAGUGCCGGCAUGGUAGAACUAGACGGCCCCAGUGAUAAUAUGAGUUACCAACAGACAACAAACCAGACAACCAACAUUAUCAACAUCACUAACAUCAGCAAGUCAUUCACAAGCUACAACAACAUCUGCAAACCCAAUCUCGCAACCAUAUCAUUUGAUGGCAGCAAAAACGACAACAUCAACAAGGACAAUUAUAGCGACAACAACAACAGUUGUAACGAUACUAUCAGUGUAUAUAAUAAGGUUAAAGAAUACAACAGAAUAAAUGGCUCCAAGUUGUGCUACUCUGUUGUUGAUCCUUACAUUAGAGCCAUGACUGCCCCCUCGAGACCGGUGAAAAGUUCGAAGUUGUCACCAUCAUCUCCAUCCUCCUUCCUAUCAACUUCAUCGUCAUCACAUCGUACUGCUGUCUUCAAAGGUGGCAACCACACCACCAGCAACCACAUCAGCAGUAACAACAACGUCGGUGGUUAUGAUAACGCACCUGAUGAUGAUGAUGAUGAUGAUCAUUACGAGGAGAUGCACGUGCUGAAGAAGAGGAAGAGGUGCCACACAUUCGCUGGCAACUCUGUCAGACUUGUAUCUUGA